CAAACCGAUUAAAACUCCGACCGGACCGGGCCGGGCCGGGCCGGGCCGAGCCGAGCCGACGUCUCAGCAGGAGCAGCGCAGCGCACCGGAGCCGCCGCCGGAGUAACUCACGCCGCAGCCGCAGCCGCCGCCGGCGACGAGCGGCAUGGGGACCCGGGAGGUGUACGAGGAGAAGCUGCGGAGCGGCGCGCACCUCCACCGCGACCCCACCAUCAACCCUGGCCUCGGCUCCGCCCGCUGCCCACGCUGCCUCUCGCUCCUCACCCCCAACUCAUCCGGAGAGGGCGACUGGGCCAUCACCUCCGUGCUGCACGACGCCACCGCCGUGGCUGGUUCAGGAGCCGGCGCAAUGCUCAGUGCGGUGCACGGGUUCAAUACAGGGAUUCCGUUCGUCCAGAAGCAUGUGAAGGGCCCAAAGUGGCUGCAACUUCUUGUUGGGGUGCCUCCAUUGCUCUUAUUCUCUGGUGCCAGUGCUUUAUUUGGUGCAUAUGCGGUCCCAACAUUUGCUCAGCUCACUGUGACAUCGUAUUAUGCCACAUCAAGUGCCUCUCAUUAUGCAGUUUCGCAGAUCACCCGUCAGAUCGAGAAGUCCCAUUUGCCAGAAACUAAUGGGAAUUCCAGAUGAGUUAUUCGCGUGCAAUAGUAUGCCGCAUACCUGUAUACGGGACGGGGUAUGUAAGCUCUUAUCACAUUUUUCAUGUUAGCACUACUCUGAUAGCUUCGGCAUGUUUUGUACACUAAAGCCUGUAUUUAUCAUAAAGAGAUACAGAUGCCUGUCUCCUCAUCUUUCGUUAAGAAUAUUUUUCUUCUAUCCCCUCCGUUUCAAUUUAUUUAACGCCGUUGACUGGUGAUGUUU